CCAAACCCGGAACAACAACGUUCGUGCAAAUGUGCACAGGUACUCGUACGUAAAAUUAGAGCUGCGAGAACAAAUUAAAGAUGCUUUACUGGAUGAACGGGAACAGCGGCAGCUCGGAGAACCUCGACAGCCUCAAUAACAUGUCCAAGACGGAGAUCCUGAGAGGAAUCGUCACCGAGAAACUGACAACAGCCGCGCAGGAAAUCUUAGCGGUGGUAGAGAGAACCGUAGCCGGGUACGAGGAGGAGGCUUCGGGCUUCAGACGGGAGAUCGACCGGCAGAGGAGGCAGCUGGAGGUUCUCCUGCAGCCUCGGGUCAAACUAGAGAAAAGAGCCCUGAACCCAGAUGUUGAAGGCCCUGAGGUGGAAGAAGAGGAGGAGGAGGAGGAGCAGCGGCGGCGGCGGCGCACACAUCAGUCAGGUGUGGAGGACACUGGGAGCCUGGGCCUCAUGUGGUUUGAUGAUGAUGAUGAUGAAGAGGGUGACGACGAAGAGCAGCAGCUGUCAGCACAACCGGCAACUAGCUCCAGAAAGAGACGAGAAGAUCUGAAGGACCCAGAUUAUCAAAUAAAAUCAAGGUCAUUUUCCCCCAGAGGCCGGUCUGACAGGAGAAGGCUCGGCAGACCUCGGAUCAUUGACACACAGGACCACAUCGAUCUCAAGAUCCGCAUCCUGGAGCACUCACAAGCCGAUAUGCUCUCAAGAAGCGUGUUUCAGAAAUGUCCGGUGCAGGAGCUGCAGUGUCCUCUGGGACUGCAGGAGGCGGACUUCCUCGACCUGCUGAGGUCCACCUUCCCUCAGCUAGCUGCUCAGAAACAUUUUGACUUCUUCACAUCCGACAGGAGCAGGAGGCUCCAGUCUCUGAGAGCAAAGACGCUGACACCAGAGGAGAUCUACAGGAGCAUCAGGCUCACCGGAGCAGGACACUCAGCCCUCUACAUCCGACUGAAGACAGGAGAGGAUCCCCAGACCAGCGGCAAAGACCUUCAUCCUGUACAGAGGCCAGAUGAUGCCACUAAAGACUCUCCACCCAGCUCCGCCACCAUGUCGGCUGAUGAAACCCAAACGUGCUCCUGGUUAUCAUCUCCCAGCAGUUCGUCUGGGAAGAGGAGGCGUGGCAGACCUCGCCUGGGUGAAGGACCGACUCACCACUUCCUCAAAGUGUGCAUGCUGGACGAUUCCCAGUCCGACGUCCUCUCAAAAAAUGUGUUUCAGAAAUGUCCGGUGCAGGAAUUGCAGUGUCCUCGUGGCCUACAGGAGGCGGACUUCCUGGACUUGCUGAGGUCCACUUUCCCUCAGCUGGCAGGAGACGACAAACGUUUUCACGUCUUCAAGUCCGACAGGAGCAGGAGGCUCCAGCGGCUCAAAGUGAAGACGCUGACACCAGAGGGAUCUACAGGAGCAUGAAGUCCACCGGCGUAGAAAAGACGCUCCUUUACAUCCGACUGAAGACAGGAGAGGAGGAGGAG